AGGGAGCCAUGGGACGCACUGUGGUCAUUCAAUUGUCAGUCAGCGCACACGAUGAUGGGGGGAUUCAAUUGGGACAGCAAACAUACACACGGGCGUCGGGAACUUCUUGAAGGGGGCAACUCCGAGCCAAGACAUGGUGACGGUUAUCUUCUGGGUUAGAAGAUGGACUGGGUUCGGGUGACGUUGGUGAUGGAGGUUGUCGGGGUGGUCGAAAACGAGCGUUUUUCACGGUUGCUUCUGGCUCCCGAAAGCUGCCAACCAGCGUUGCCGAGAGGCGGAAUAGGUGCCUGAAUUGUAAGGCUUUCAGCAGUUCAGUCCAAGCUGAGGUGACCCAAGCUUCACUUUAAAUCCUUGGCAUGGACGGAAUCCGUGGAAAUGAUUCUCCGGCUUCUCCACUCCAAAGUGAAGCUAGGCGAGUCCAGGCGCGUGACAUCAUAACCCCCGCACCUCACCAACCCCAGACAAGCAAACGGGCAUCAAGGCCCGGGCUUGCGCCGGACCCUGGACAUACUACCAAAGUGGACAGCCAGCUGGGGUGCUGGGCUGAUAUUUGCUGCAUGAAGAUGGACUUCAGGCUCACUCACCUCAGGCAGGGGACCAGCUGACGUUGCUUUCCGGACUGGCUGUUGACUUGUACUCAUCUGUUCCCUGUUCCUAGCUCCCAACUCCCAGCUCCCAGCUCUCCAAGCUCCCCCUCCCUCCAGUUCACCUGAAAAGGAAAACACCUUACCUUAAAGCUCUCCUCGAACCCCUCACCAACCAAAUUAUCACCAACUUUACCUAUCUACUUUACGCUCUCAAGUGCGGGGAAAUAGCUGUGCGCACCGUAGCACCCGGCCGUCUCUCUGUCCAAUUAUCCUGCGUCUUCCCCCUCCUUUACUACCAUCCUCUUUGAUUUGCCCUCCCCUUCCCCUUCUCCUCGCUCUCAGAUUGUGCCGUGCCUGCCACUGCCACUUCCAGGUUGCUUCCUCUGCUGUGCUCUGUCUGCACCCACGCCACAAGCUUACCCGGCAGACCGUUGCCCGUCCGCCUUCUGCUGUUACAUCUGCUUCGUUGCUGCUCUUGCGUUUCGAACUCUCCGAGACGUCCCAUUCGGCACCACAUAUCGAACCAUUCCAACCACCGCACCGGCGCUCGAUUUUCUUUGUUUGCUAUUUCUAGCGCGCAAUUGAAACUUGUCAAGGCUGACCGUUCCGGCGAGCGACACUUUUAUCAGACUCGCUGCUUCGAGAGACAGUUUUCUUCAGUCUGGCCGAUCGACAAGCAAAGUAAACAACCACCGAAAUCAUGCUAUCUAGACAACUUGCUCGUCGCGCCGCGGCUGGCGCUGUCGUCCGGCCGGCAACCACCAGAGCCUUUACCACCUCACUCGCCCUCUCGUCAAAACGCACCCCCUCCCUCGGGGACAUCGAGCCAGAGCAGCAGGAAGUAUUCAACAAGAAGCAGAAGGAGUUCCGGUUAAAGCUUGCGGAGGCGCAGAAGCAGCGGGAAGCCAGUGCGUUUGCCUCGUCUUCUUCUUCUUCUUCAACAUCAACCUCCUCUUCCCCCUCCACCUCGGCCUUGGGCCUUGGAAAGCUAAGCACAGGGUCGAGCACCGCUACAGGAACCACUGCCAACGCGGCCGAGCACGAGCCCCCUCGCAAGGCGGGCCCCCUGACGAACCUGAUUUACGGGACAAAGGAGGGCCGCGAGAUGGACGCCCAGAUCGAGGCCAGCUUCAGCCAGGUGCUGGCGCGCGGCAAGUAUGUGCACUCGAUUGUCUUCCACGAGGUCAAGCCCAAGGACGUGGACGAGUAUGUCGAGCUGGUGGGCAAGUGGUAUCCCCGCAUGGCCAGCAUGCCGGAGAAUAAGGUUCAUCUGGUGGGCAGUUGGAGAACGGAGGUUGGCGACUGCGAGACAUUUGUACACAUCUGGGAAUAUCAGCGCUAUCAAGGCUAUCAUGCCUCCUUGAACGCCAUCUCCCGCCACCCGGAAUAUCCAGCCUUUGAAAAGAAGCUCCGCGGCUUGAUUCGCAGCAAAAAGUCCUCUCUCAUGCAAGAGUUCUCUUUCUGGCCAACGACCCCUCCCCGACAGCUCGGCGGCAUCUUUGAGCUGCGCUCCUACACGCUCCACCCCGGUAACCUUCUCGAGUGGGAGACGCACUGGAGGCGCGGACUUAAGGCCAGGCGCGAGGUGAUGGAAGGUGUGGGAGCCUGGUUUGUGCAGAUUGGCGAUCUCAACACGGUGCACCACCUCUGGCAGUUUGCUGAUCUCGAGGAGCGCAAGAUCCGCCGCGAGAAGAGCUGGAGCCAGGAGGGCUGGGCCGAAACAGUGCACAAGACGGUACCCCUGAUCCAGGAAAUGAAGAGCAGGAUUCUGGUGCCCAUGCCUUGGUCUCCAGUGGCCUAAACAUCCAUCCAGACAUGUCUUUUGUUUGACCGCACCUGUAGCUAGCCAGGCAUGCUGAACUUGCUAAUCAUAAAUCAAUUCGAACCAAA